AUGGAUAGCGAAUGGGUUUUGGAGGGUGGCGCCUUGACACGCAACGAGCUUCAACUACUGCCUGCCGUGCGAGGCCGUGCCGCGUUCGAGCGUGCGCGUCUUGCAGCAAAGCCAAUCUCCAUGGAGUGCGUCGAGCGAAAGAAGAAGGAAACCAGCGACGGCGGCCGCGAAACCCGCACAGUGUUCCUGCCUGUGGAUAGAGCAAGGGUCAAGCAUGCAGCCGGCGACGGGUCGUGCGGGUACCACUCCAUACGUGGUGGCCUGCUGGGUUGUAAAGGGCAAGUGAACACCCCGCAUGAUGUGGAUGCCAUCAAGACAGCCCUGGUGUCCUGCCUACUCCGGCACGUGCUCGGGACAAAAUUCGACCCCGAGGCAACACUUUCAGGCGACGAGAAGAGGGGUGUCUCUAAGGCUAAGCUCCUCAGGAUCAAGGAAGAGGAGGACGAGAAAGCGAAGGAGGCAGCAGAGGCAGCGAAGGCAGCAAAGGGUGGCGCGCGUGCAGCCCCCAAAAAGCCGAAGAAACGGCGGCAGCCGAAACCGGUGGUGGAGGAGGAGGAGGAGGAGGAGGAAGUCGAUGAGUCCUGGGAUUGGUCGGAGCGGGGGAUCCCAGACUUCGAGAACACGGACGCGUACAAAAGGCGCAACAAGAAACCCUCGGCAGGGUCCUCUGCUAGCCCGGUGUCGCUAUCCCAGAGCGCGCAGGAGAAGAUGCCGUCGCUGGACCAGUUCAUGGAGGCGAUCGGCAUCAACUCCGGGGCCUUCGCGAUCGAGCAAGUGAAAGCCCGGACUACGACUCCAAGUGGCACAUCAGGUCGCUGGAGGAAAUUCUGA